CUGCCAAUGCCGCAGCACAAACAACAGAAGAUGAGAUCAUUACUCGUCCACGAUCAGCUCGCACACACUCACAUUCUUCACUCUCUGUAAUCACCGGGAUAGAGCCGCCCGCGAGCCCUCACUCCAGUCAUUCGUCGAAUUGGUCCUUCCUAUGGAGCGAUGAGAUGCCAGAACCCUCAACCAGCAAACGCCGUUCCACGCGAUGGAUCGCGCGCGGGCUUCCUCUGCUGAUGCUGGCACUCGUGGCUUACGCGACCUACGAUAUCAUUGUCUACUGCUGCGUCCAGGAUUUCAUGCAAAAAAGGGGCAAGACGGCAGUCGGCGUUGUUCUAAUUGCAUUGUAUUCUAUCCUCCUCCUUCUCAUGGUCGCAGCCUACAUACGAUGCUACGUAACGGUUCAAUUCAACCCUGGCUUUGUGCCAUGGACAGCCGAAAGGGAAGCCCUCGAGCAGGAGCGUAAUCAACGAGCGAGCAACGGAGCCGACGUCGAGAUACGAUCUUGGGCCCCUCGAGACGACGAACCCGACAGCCCCGGUCUUGAGUCGUUCUACAGCAAAGAUAUCUUUGUUUGCGAACUCGAUGGUUUCCCUAAGUGGUGCUCCGAUUGCAGAAACUGGAAGCCUGACCGGGCGCAUCAUUCUACCGAGUAUGAUUAUUGCGUGUACAAGAUGGACCAUGUCUGUCCCUGGAUGGGCGGCAUCAUCUCGGAAACUUCCUUUAACUUUUUUAUACAAUUUUGCUUCUACUGUGCUUGCUUUUGCAUAAUCAUUAUUUCCACCAAUGGCUACCUUACCAGCCUACGCCUACAAGAAGCCAAAAGUAUUGACGCGCGACUCAUUGUUGCUCUGGCACUUGGUGGUCUUUUCGGCUUGUUUUCCAUAACCAUGACAGUCACGGCUUUAAGAUUUGCUUUUCAAAACAUCACCAAUGUCGAUAUGUACAAGAAGAACCAGAUCUUUCGACUGGCAGUUCGGAUUCCGACAGACACCCCACCGAAUGAUCGAUUCAACACCAUCACUUACCCACUGGAAAGACCCGGAGAGGGUCCUAGGGCUCCAGAUGCAGCUCACACCAGUGGAAUGACACAAGCGAAUGGCGCUGCGUCCGCACGAGCAAGCGCAAUGGCGGCUAGAGACCAACAAGCUAGGCGGACAUUCGCCAUCCUCCAGGCAGAACCUGGAGAGAACCCAUGGCACUUGGGUUACCUGCAAAACUUCAAAUCAGUCAUGGGAGACUCGAUCAUCGAGUGGUUUCUACCCAUCCGCCACUCGCCCUGUAGCCGCCAUGAUAGCAUGGUGAGCGACUACAAGUUUGGGCCACUGGUGGAGGAAUUGAAAAGACGGUAUGGGCUUGAGGGGAGCGACCCCGAGAAGAGGGCAGCGGCUAUGACUUCGAAUUAGAUACCCAAAGAGUUGCACAAAGACUUAUAUCAUUUGUUAUAGGGCAAGAGAUGGAAAAGGACAGUAGCGGUAUACGUAAUGUUUAAAGACUAGAACUAGUUGGUAUAGUCCAGCUUAGCCACCACAAUAAGCGCAAAGACUUGUGUGUUUUUCUUA